CGUUAUUUGCGUAAUUUUCUCCGACUCGACUCUGGCUGCUGCUGAGUGCUGGAUUGGUUUAAAUGACAUCCUCUUUCUCCUGACAGACAAAUAGGAAAUGAUACUAAGUACAACCUUUCGAUGUAUGCAGUCAGCUGCUCCUUUGCAUAACUUCACAAUCGGGACAUUUUCUGGUCUUUGUUCAGUUGCUGUGAGAACAAUGAGUGACCAUAUGGACAAAACUGCCCAAAGCUUCAGAGAACCGGGCAUAAGUGAAGCAGAAGUAGUGUCCAUUGAUCAGGCAUCAGAGACGGUCAAAGUACUAAAACUUAAGGUCGAUGACCCCUCGUUCACGUUCAAGGCCGGCCAAUGGGUUGACUUUUUCGUAGAGGGGUUAGAUAUCUUCACUGGGUAUUCCAUGUACUCUGGUCCUACUCAGCUCAAAGAAGAUUCCACAAUAGACUUGGCUGUUAAAUUCAGUGACUACCCUCCCACUGUAUGGGUGCAUAAUCAGUGUGCUGUCGGGUCAAAGGUCAAAGUGAGAACAGGAGGGGACAAGCUGGUCUUUGACCCCAAACCUGGUGACCCAUCCUGGAAUGUUCUACUAAUCGGAGGGGGGAUCGGUAUCAAUCCCCUCAUUUCAUUGAUGCACCAUGCAGCAGAUCUCCAUGAUCAGAAGAAAGCUAAUCCUCAGGGAUACACCCCUGGAAAAAUGGAACUGCUCUUCAGUGCUUCAACCAAGAAUGAACUUAUAUUCAAGGACACCAUUGAUGAGUUGAUCUCAAAGCAUUCCCCAGAUAUUGCUGCUAGGUUUUAUGUGACCAAAGACUCGGACGUCGAUUCACCAAUAUCAAAUCGUAGGAUAGAUGCGAGUGACAUCAAGUCAUCUGUGGAGAGAUUAAGAGACGGUCCUCUAAGAUGCUUUGUAUGCGGUCCUCCUACCAUGAUAGCGGAUAUGGAAGGGUUGCUUAGCAAUGAGGGUAUCCCUGCAUCAGAUAUUUUUUGUGAGAAGUGGUGGUAAAGAUUGAAGAUUAUUCAUGCAAUAAUUGG